AUGAACCCUCUUAUAGCUUCAAUUAUUCAAAAGAAGAGUGUAAUAACUAAGAUUGUAGUAAGAACAAAAGAUGCUUUUAGUAAACGUUGUAGUGGUGGCUGCCUUAACUUGAAUAAUGCAUCGGAUUCACAUGAAUUGAUGGCAUUUAGAACCCCAAUUAUGUUUACGGUGCAACUCUUCCAACGUUGCAAAUGA